AUGGCUACACCAAGUUUUCUCCCUCCUGGCCCUCGAUCUAUGCCACCACCAUACGCUCAACCCCAGAUGUCGCGCGAUAUCCACAGAUACACUCCGGCACCAAUAGGCUUCUCAUCUACCCCGGUUAAAGUCUUAAUUCGAAAUCUGCCGCUCGAAACCUCCCAGGAGUCAGUGCGGUUCAUGCUGGUUUGGUCGCAAGAUCUUGUUGAUGUCGAACUACUUUCUGUUGACCCUGCAGAGCCACACUAUCGUAAAGCAUUGCUCAAAUUCCGAACAAGGGCGGGUGCUGAGAACGCCAAACAGCUGCUGGAUGGGUGCGCCAACACUUCCAAUAGUGCGCAUUUGAGGGUCGAAAUUCUCAGCGACGAGUCCCCUGCUGCGCAUCAACAGCCUACAGAAGCUGUUCACAGCGGCUUUCAUUCACUAGAAAGCAUCUCCCCUCAGACAGUCAAUGUUUACCCAGUGCAUGACCUUACUCAGAGUGAUGGCAAUUUGCAACAGAUUUUCUCAUCACCUUCUCCCAUCGGCAAUCGCCUGAACGAGCCUGGCAGGGUGACAGGCAAGAGCCUCAUCGCCAAUGAAACUGAUGACGAAAGUUUGGACACACUUCUCUACGGCAAUGCGCCGCGCAGGGCCACAGUUGAUAAUGUUCCCAUCAACAGGAUGGAUGCUCUUUCACUCAACACCAACGUGCCCCCUUCCGCUCCUUCGUCUCUACCUCACUACGGCAGCGGAAUGUCAGCACAGUCUGGCCCCAUGUCUCCGUCGGGCAAGGGUCAUUAUGGGUACCAGGCUCCUAACCAAUCGCCGUACGGACGUAUGAACUAUCCACACGCCAAUACGGCUGAUCAGAACCCCCCUUGCAACACUCUGUAUGUUGGUAACCUUCCUAUGGAUACGGCAGAAGAAGAACUCAAGACUCUCUUCUCCAAGCAGCGGGGCUACAAACGUCUUUGUUUUCGCACGAAAGGAAAUGGGCCUAUGUGCUUUGUCGAAUUCGAGGACAUCCCAUUCGCUUCCAAGGCACUGACGGAACUAUAUGGGAAGCUUUUGUCCAACAGCAACAAGGGUGGAAUUCGACUCAGCUUCUCCAAGAACCCCCUUGGUGUACGAGCUGGUCAGAACCCUGCUCACGCAAACCCAGGUGCACUGGGUCAAAUGAACGGCAAUCUUGCCGCUUCUAUGAAUGCUUUCGGGUCAGCCAACCGCACAGCUUCUGGACCACCUCCUGGUCUUCACCCGCCCAUGCUCGGAAACGGCCGAGGCCCCUUCCAUGGAGGGGCCUCCAUGAACCCCAGCCCCGUUGGCACUUUUGGCGGUUUCACACAUCAAGGCUGGCCUGUUCCCGCGUUCAACAACCAUGCUACGCCAUCGUCUCACAGUACCUAUGCUCAGUCAUCAGGCUUCGGUCAAACUUAUAUGCUGCGAGAUUAA